AUGUCACUAUUGGCAGUCUAUAAACACUAAAAUAGGAGUUUAGUGUUUGUUAUUUCAUAACAAUUACAAUUAAUUUAGUGCUUAAAGAUAAAAUUGUCUUUAAUUUAUGUAUUUUGUUUUCUUUUGUGUUAAUCGCCAUAGUAAGCUAACUUUCUAGUAGUUAUCUUAAACUGUUUUUCUUAGGUAUUUAUAUCCCAGCAGCUAAAAGGCAUGUUUUAUAUUUUACAUUUUAUUGUAUUACUUUCAUAUUUUUCGCGAAAUAUUUGUAUAUUCGCUGAGCAAUUUCCACGAUCUGAAAAAAAUGGGCAAGAAUUACUUCUCUGUCGUAAAUGCGGCGCUGACGUGGCAGACUCCUAUUACUUGUUUAGUAAACCAAGUCCAGGGGCUAGGAAAACUGAAAAACAACAUUUAUUUGGACAGCAGAAUGUAACUGUCCAAACUUUAAUCAAUCCGUUUGGCAUCAAGUUUGAAGUAGUUACUGCAGAAAAAGCGAGAUGUGAUAAUAUAGGACCUAAUCAGGGAGCAGACUCGUGGUUUCCUGGGUACAGCUGGAGGAUAUGUGCAUGCCCACAUUGUGGUCAGCAUCUUGGUUGGACAUUUGAAAAGACGGACAGUAUUAUAGAAAAACCUAGUGAGAAUAUAAAAACUUUUCAUGGACUGAUCUUGAGGAACAUUCUAGGUGAAAAUUUUACCGACUCUCUUAUAAUGAUGCCCAAAAUGUAUAAAAUGUAAUAUUAAGGUCACAACUUGUCCAAGAUUGUGUUAUCCUGUAAGUAUUGUAAAUGACUGUUAUCUUUAUACAUUAAUGGUUUUUCAAUGUAUUUAAAAUUGUAAAACAUUGUAAGGU